CCACCUGGUCAACCAAAGCCACGGCUGCGUCCUCAUCGGCCGCACCCGCGCGCGACCGAAUCAAAACACAAUACACUCCCAAGACCCCGUGCCGCUUUCCGCAAAGCACGAGAUCCUCUGGACUGGGGUCGUCCGACACGGUCACAUUCGCACCUCCCAACUUAAUCACGCCGCGGCGACGCGCGCGUAUAUAGCCCGCUCCGCCCGGCGCGCACCCUCCGGCACGGCACGGCACGCACAGGAUCGUCUCUGUCUGUCUCCACGGGACCGAUGGCGAGCCACGACGCGCUCUGGGCCAAGCUCUGGGAGCUGGAGCUGCAGCUCGCGGCGUACAAGCUGCUGCACGCCGCGCGGCGCGGGGAGGAGGACGACGCGGGCGCGGACGGCGCGCGGGAGCCCGCGGGGGCCGGCGCCUGCCGCCGCGGCAGGCAGUACGACGCCUACAUGCGCCGGCGCGACGCCAGGCGCGUGUCCGUCGCCGCGGCGCACAGGAGCCACCACCAGCAGCAGCAGCAGAGGCCGAGCGGCGUCACGCGCGCCGGCGGCAGGCCGAGCCCGCUCACCGUCAAGUGCGCCGCUCGGGACACGCCGCAGGUGAGGAGGACGGUGCCGUCGGGAGUGUCCAUCCCGGCCACCCCGAGGAAGGAGCACGGCGCGCUGCCACUGCCCAGGAGCAGGACGGUGAGCAGCGGCGCGCCGGAAGCGAGGCCGCAGUCGCACAGAAGGCGGAACAGCGUCGGCGGGGACUUGUUGGGCGACUGCGCCACGCCGAGGCCGUUCCUCAGGCGCGGCAGCGGGACGGGCGGCGCGAUCGGGAACCUGCGGUCGCCGAGGGUGCACGACCUCCCCAGCGGCAGCCCGAGCCCGAGGCGGCCGCCGCAGGACCAGUUCGUCCCAAAGGUGGCGGCCGGGCGCCACCUCCGGUCCGUGUCGGAGCUGCCGCUCCACGCGACGGUGGAGUCACCAAGGUGGGCGGAGACGCCGCGGCCGGCCCAGUCACGGGCGAGGAAGCAGUGGGGCAGCCUGGAGAGCCCGCCGCCGGUGAUCUUCUCGGCUCCGGCGGCCAACCCGCACAUGGACCUGGCCAAGGGGCUCCGGAAGCUGCUGAGCUUCGUGAGGAAGGGCAAGAGCAGCGAGCACCAGCGUGCCGGCGGUGGACGUGAAUCCGGCGACGGGAAGCCCGUGAAGGGGUGGACAGCUUGCUCCGUCCUUGAUGGCCCGUUCGAACGUGCGAGCCUGGAGGGGCACCGGUUCCCCAUGACACGGGCAGUCGGCACCUCCGGAUGAGGCGCGUGGGCUGGCAUUGCCAUGGCACGCGGCGCCUAAUAAAGAGAAACCGUGAUGCCAUUAGAUGCCCUCUGCGUUCCUCGUGGGGUUGCUUCGUCGACCGCCAUGCUUUUGUAGCUUUGUAUUGUGCUCCAUGAAUGAACUUGUAGAUAUCCGCUUGUGUGGUCCGCUUGUUUGAGAGAUGUGGCGCGAGAGAAAUGCGUAUUUAAGGCCCUGUUUGAUU